GUUGUGCGGCUGCGCAGUGAGCGGAGUGAAGAUGGCGGAGAGUGACUGGGACACGGUGACGGUGCUGAGGAAGAAGGGGCCGAGUGCGGCGCAGGCCAAGAGCAAACAGGCAGUCACGUUGGCCCAACGCAGAGGAGACGAUGUAGAGACUACAAAGAAGUGGUCUGCAGGACAAAAUAAGCAACACAGCAUCACUAAGAACACCGCGAAGCUGGACCGGGAAACUGAGGAACUGCACCAUGAGCGGGUCUCCCUUACAGUCGGCAAGUUGAUCCAGCAGGGCCGACAGAACCUGGGGAUGAACCAGAAGGAUCUGGCCACGGUCUCAAGCUGCGAGGGAAGGAUAUCGGACAACCCCUGGAGAAGGGCCCCAAGAAAAAAUGAGGACAAAGCCUCGAAAUCAGUUCUGCCUUUGAACUGGUCUCCCCUGGCUUCCUUCCCCACUCAGAAUGACGUAUUGCCACCUUCAAUACGGAAAGGAUUGUGACCUGCCCCCAGCUGAGGAACUCGAAUUGAUUCGCUGCCGGCAUUCUAUUUCGCCCAAAGAAAAGCUUAGUUUCUGAAAUUCUGUCUGAUUCCCAGGCAUGGUUUUGAAUGCGAUUAAUCUCUAACCAGGGACUGAAGUGUGAAAACUUUAUUUGUGUUAAUUCCCCCUUCCACAAGUACACCUCUGACUGGGUGCAUAUAUUAUUUUCUUUCACUUCUCUCUGUUCUUUCCUUUCUCCCUGUAAGUUCUUGUAGAAAUAAAGUUUAAACCUUUGGA